AUGGCUGCCACCACCCCCACCUUCCUCCUCCUCCUCCUCCUCCUCCUCUUCCUCUUCUUGUCUACUUCCUACUCGGCAACUACUUACACCGGCUCCAUAUCUUCUUCUUCAAAUUUCACAGCUUCCAACUUCCACUAUGUUGACCAAAACGGCGAUUUCCUCCGCUCCGUUAAUCGCACUUACACCGCUGCCAUGUUCAAUUCACAGCCUAAAUCGCCGUCGUUCUACCUCCUCAUCUACCACUCUGACUCCCGCAACGUCGUCUGGGUCGCCAACCGCAAUAAACCCAUCUCAAAUUCUGGUCAACUCCUUCUCUCCUUCACGGGUAUUACAAUCUAUGAUGAUUCCGGCAUACCCGUUUGGUCAACACCCACGUUCAAUUCCACGGUGGCUUCUCUGCAGCUACUGGAUUCCGGGAAUUUACUUCUCAUUGAUCGUUUUAACAAAACUUUAUGGCAAUCUUUUGAUUACCCGACGGAUACCAUCGUUUCUGGGCAGAGAUUUCCGGUUGGAGGAUCGUUAAUCGCUUCCAAAGAUGAUGCUGACUUCUCGGAGGGAGGUUAUACGUUUACAGUGACCACCGGUGACGGGUUAUUACGGUGGCAAAAUUUGACGUAUUACAGACUGUUGAUGGAUUCAAAAUCUGUAAUAAAUUCAAACCAACCCAUUUCGUAUCUCAUGGUAAACGGGUCUGGUUUUUAUCUGUUCGGAGGCCAGGGAUCGGAGGUGGUGGUACAAGUUUUAAUUACGACGGCGGCUGUGAAUUCCGACUACCGGAUACUAAAGUUGACAAAAGCUGGCUAUCUCAACGUCAUGAGAUACACAAACCGUAACUGGGUGACAGAUUUCACGACGCCGGAGGAAAGUUGCCGUGCUCCGUUCAGUUGCGGCAAACUUGGGCUCUGUUCCCUUAGUGGUUGUUCUUGUCCGCCGGGAUUUAGAGGUGAUCGGAACGCAAACCCCGGCUGCUCACCCUCGGAUAAUUCAUUGUUGCUGCCGGAAUCUUGUGGUGGUAACGGGACCCGAUUGCGAUCCAAUUCGUCGGAGAAAUAUGUAUAUAUUCCGCUCGGAGAUGGGAUGAAGUAUCAUCCAAUUGAUUUCACAAAUCCAACUAGAAAGGGUGUGAAUUUAUCAACAUGUGAAAAUCUAUGCUCUUCGAACUGCUCUUGUUUGGCUAUCUUCCAUGGAAAUCCAUCUGGAUCAUGUUAUUUGCUUCAAAACCAUUUGGGUUCCUUCAUUUCAAGCUCCACAAACGGAAAAGACGAUACAUUAGGGUUCAUCAAAGCAAUAUCUUUGUCUCAAAAUCAUAACAGUAAUUCCAGUUCCGAUUUCCCCGUAGUUGCUUUGAUUUUACUUCCGGGCUCCGGCGUUCUGCUAAUCUCUAUUUUCGCCAUCUGGAUGCGUAUAAGAUCAAGAAACAACGCCAAGAAUUCUCAUUCAAAGAAAUUGAAUGAUAAUUUUGGUUCAGAAGAUCUUGAGCUGUUUUCAAUUGCGGGUUUACCUAUAAGGUUCGAUCAUGAAGAUCUUGUCGAGGCCACCAAAGAUUUCAGUACCCAGAUCGGCUCCGGUGGAUUUGGCACGGGUCGAAAGAACUGUGUGCAGGCCCCGAGUCAUAGCUCGGGAAACCCAACUAGUAGCACUGAUGGUCAGUCAUCGAGAUCAUCAAGAUCCCGAAACCAUUCUCAGGCCCGGGGCAGAGCACGCGCCCGGGCGUUCUAUUUCCCUCUACAUGCAUUGGAGAUGCAUGAAGAGGGAAGAUACAUGGACCUAGUGGACCCACGGUUAGCCGGUCGGGUGACUAGAGAUGAAGUUGAGAAGCUUGUGAAGGUGGCUUUGUGUUGCUUACAUGAAGACCCAUCGGUUCGGCUCACAAUGGCUAAUGUGGUUGGGAUACUCGAAGGGGUGUUACCCGUGAGUGAACCGCAGUUGGAUUCUUUGAACUUUUUGAGGUUUUAUGGACAACGGUUCACUGAGCCAUCAAUGGCUGGAACUGGGGAGGAGGUUGAAGUGGGGGGUGGGUUUAUGGUGACCACAAAUUAUAGUAGUAGUCCGAGUAUGUCGUUAAACUCGUUUUCAUAUAUGUCUUCACAACAAGUCUCGGGUCCUAGAUAA